GGUUAAGGUGUGAUAUAAAACGGCGUGAACGUUAUCAGACCCAGUGACUGAGUAAGUACAGUGUGCCAAGAUGUUUUCAAUGGCCAUUGCACUUGGCCUGCUGGCUACCUGCGCUUAUGGAUCUCAGAAGCCCGAAACCUGUGCAAGAGUAGGUAAACCAGCGUUUGGCGGCCCGCGCGAUAUUGCUACGAUAAGCAGCUCUGACGAGAACGUUCUUGUAGCUCCAACUGGAUUAGCUUCAAGCGGGGUCUAUGUGGAUGUCCUCUACUACAUCAAUGCCGACACAGAAACCGAAUACUACAACAGGGUGUAUGCCAUUAACGCGCAUACAGGGGAGGUAGUUGGAGCUAUCACCAUUACAAAUGCUAUGACAGGCUCUAGUCAGAAUUGGCAGGGCUUGGCAGUCCAAGUCUGUCCGGAGCCAAUGGAUGGAUCUUGUAUCUUCGUCCAUGAUGUUGGACUUAACAUCGUCUACAUCGUACAAGAAGAAUCUAAUCCGGCUUCUUUCACCAUGAAAGAUGCUGCUAAGAUAAUCAUGUAUACCUACAAGGAUGAAGGCACCGUACCUACUACCAGCAGAAGCAUCUUCGUCGACUGUCAGGGUGGCAUCUAUUUCUUAAGCGCUGCUUUUCGGGGACGUGGUGUGCGACUUUACCGCAUUAUUGAAAACGAUGACAGUACGUACACCGCAGAGCCUAAAUUACAGCUCGAUAUCCCAACGGCAUCCUUUGGUCCAACGGCUGCUAGUCUGUCCCGGGACUGUUGCGAGCUGGUUGUGAGGACGGAGGAUAAGAUUUACUAUUACCCCUGGGUCGACAUGAUGCUCCAACAGGAUGAUGCACGCCUUCUGCCUGCUGUAAUCAACCCUUAUGGUUCAUCCAUUGCUUGGGCGUUAGACGGGAGUGGAUUCUACACAGCUUUGGAAUCUGCACCUAUGACGCUUGCCUUCAGUCCAAGAAACAAACAGGUUCCAGAAUCCAAGUUUACUCUGGGUAGAGUUAUAGGAGGCGUUGCCAAGGAACCAUUUGUGGAAAUAGCGGGUAUUGCUGCAAGCAGAGAACAUCCGGGCAUCCUCUAUAUGAUGUCGGACGAGCAAACAACUGAUAUCCUAGUUGUGCAGAUGAAUGAGGGUCAAGUUGUCUCGACCUAUUCAUCAGGAUUUUCCUUCCCGACUAUAGACUGGGAAGACGUUGCUGUUGGACCUUCUUUUGAUGGGACGCCGGGCAGAAGCAGUAUCUACAUCAACGAUGGUGGUGCAGAUUUUGGUGGUCCUGUGAAUCGUAUCUACGUCAUCCCCGAGACUGAAACGCCCUACGUUAACACUGCUUAUGAAACGUUCAACCUUUUACUUUACAGCUAUCUCGGUAACAAUAUCGAAACACACGCUUUGAUGGUGGGCUGUGAUGGAGAAAUCUACGUGUUUGGCUAUGCGCAGAACUUUGGUGAUCCUAUCAAUGUCUACAAACUGAUAAAAACAAGUGUCUCCGUCUACGCCGCCGUAGUGAUUGCUACCAUCCCAAAUCCGUCGCUUAGAGCUGGUCCAGAAGCGGCUGACAUCUCAGCAUGUUGUGACGAGAUUCUCGUGAAGUACACUGAUGGCGUUUUCAAAUACAGUUUGACAAACAACGACGUUGCAAGUGCCUUCCUUAGAGAUCCGACCAGUCUACCCUACAUCCCAGAGACAAAAGGAGCUUCUAUUGCCAUCACGGCUGACUGCAAGGCAUACCUUACCACUGAAGAUCAGGACACUUCGUUCCCAGCUCCUCUCAAGAAGUACGAGAGGAUUUCUUGCUGCAAGAAUGAAAUAUAUAAUUAUUAAAUGCUCAUUAAUGUUGGUGAUCUGCUGAUA